AUGAGGCGACGUGCAGGAGUGGGUGCUAUACAAAAACAAAAGUUAGAACAAGAAAAGUAUAGGGAAAAAGGGUCCGUAAUGCAGGAAAAUCAGUUUCAACAGAUGUCUAAGCAGUUAGAAGUAUUUAGAGAGAAUCUAGAGGAUUUCGCUUCAAAGCAUAAAAGUGAGAUUAAAAAGAAUGCCCAGUUUAGAAGACAAUUCCAAGAAAUGUGUGCUGCUAUUGGAGUAGACCCUUUGGCUUCAGGAAAAGGAUUUUGGUCCGUUUUAGGCAUCGGCGACUUCUAUUACGAAUUGGGGGUGCAAAUAGUAGAGGUGUGUCUGGCUACGAACUACAAGAAUGGUGGUCUAAUCACUCUGGACGAGUUGAGGGGCAGGCUGGUGGCGGCGCGAGGUCGGGCGAAGAAGCACCAGGACAUCACCAAUGAGGACUUGUUGGCUGCGGUGAAGAAACUGAGGAUAUUUGGAAAUGGGUUCACAGUUGUCCCAGUGGGCAAAGGGAAGUGGUUGGUGCAGUCCGUGCCCGGUGAGCUCAACCUGGACCAGACUUUAGUCCUGCAGAAGGCGAAUAGCCUGGGCACCGCGUGGGUGUCAGCCGGCAUUCUGACCGGGGAUUUGGGCUGGAACCAGACCCGUGCCCAGAACGCGCUUAACCACAUGGUGAAGGAAGGUCUGGCGUGGAUCGACUCUCAGGACAACGAAACCCUUUAUUGGUUCCCCAGCAUGUUCUCCGAAUGCGUCUCCGCG